AUGUUAUUCUUUGGCACACUUGCUGUUACAGCAUCUUUGGUCGCUGCAGUUGCUGCCGACCAUGGUCAUAGUUUGCAUGCCAGGUCUCAUCACCACGUUGACCGUUCGAAUCUCCAGAAGCGUUUCUCUGGAACUGCAACCUACUAUCAAACUGGGAUGGGAGCGUGUGGGCAGUAUAAUAACCCUGGCGAUUUCAUUGUUGCUUUGAACUCUGCACAAUAUGGAGGUGGAUAUCCUGGCCCCAAUUGUUUUAAAGGCAUCAAUAUUUGUGGUAAAGGCAAAUGUCACUACGCAACAAUUGUGGACGAGUGCCCGACCUGUAGUCACGGUUCGCUGGACUUGUCGCAGGGUUUGUUCGAGUUUUUCGCUCCCACUAGUGAUGGAGUAUUCCAGAUGACUUGGAGCUUUGCCGACGGCGGCGACGACCCCAAACCUACCACGAGCAAGAAGCCCGACCCUCCUCCACCUACUACAACUUGGAAACCUGAGCCUUCGCCCGAACCAACCACGACUUGGAAACCGGAACCAACCACGACUUGGGAAGAGCCCAAGACAACCAGUACCAAGAGGAGAACCACUACUUCGACCCCGCCUCCAGAGCCAACCACUUCUCAUGAACCUAGCACAACUUCGACAAGCUACACACCAACCAGCACCCCCUCGAGUACCUCGAGCACGAGCACAAGCACCACCGAGUCUACUACUUCUGUUAGCUCGUCGGUCGCAGUUUCCACAAGCGCUCAGGUCACUGCCACCCAAUCCUCUGCGGGUCCUUCAAGUUCAAGUUCAGGUUCAGUUUCAGUUUCAGCUCCGGCCCCAACCACUUCCGGUUUGGCCUCUGGACCAGGAAACAACAGUGGCUCCGGUGCUGCUUCCAACCUGGCUGACGCGAACCAGGUUAUGCUUGCGCUCGGCAAGAUGGCUGUAGUCGCUAACGGCGGCCAGUAG